CAUUGUAGGUUGAUUUUUGCUGGUGUGGAAGCUGGACUUGAAAGUCACCAUCUCAAUUAAUUCCUUUUUUUACAGCUCGAAGCCAAAGAUCAGCCAGGAUCCAGUAGGACCAACCAAAAUUGAAGUGUUUUGACCAUUGUGCUAUGUGGAUGGGCUCUGUCUUUGACACCGCAUCUGCAACAUUGACUAUUUGGUCGGAGCUGGAGCUGGAGCUGCAGCAGUAAAAUUGUAAAAGCAUUAAAAACAUGUUAGCGUAAUCACUCUCCAAAAGUGGGAACAGCUAGACCCAAAACAAAGCAAGAUUACAAAGAAGAUUUUUUGAGUUCCAUUUCUCACCAGAAUCCAAGCAGGAAAAGCCAUGGCGGUGGCGUUCAACAUACCCACUAUCCCGCUUCUCGGGCCUCUUUCGCGGCGCAAGCCGCCCAGAAUCUCCUUUUUCGUCAAAGCCUCUUCAGAACCCUCAAUUAGCACUAAAGAAGAGGAGAAACAGAGCGUUGGGUCAUCUUCAACGGUAACAUUUGCUCCACCUCCGAACUUCAAGCCGCCGGAGCCGAAGCGGUUUGGAGUUAGACCCGAUAAGACCUGGGACAUCUUAAGGGCCUCCCUUGCCUUGUUUUUUAGGUUCGGGACUGGUGUUUUUGUUUCUGGGUAUUCUCCAUCUUUUGUUCCCAAGGAUGAGUUUCCACCUGACCAGUAUGCUCUAGAUGUAGCAGGCUAUAAGGUGAAAGAAACAUCGAAAUUAGGUCCUCGUCCAGAGAAGCCUAUUGAGAUAUACGAGUUUGAGAGCUGCCCAUUCUGUCGAAAGGUUAGGGAAAUUGUUGCAGUUUUGGAUCUUGACGUUCUGUUUUAUCCCUGCCCCAAAAAUGGUCCAAACUUCCGUCCUAAGGUUGCUCAGAUGGGUGGAAAACAGCAAUUUCCAUACAUGGUGGAUCCAAACACAGGAGUUGCUAUGUAUGAAUCGGAUGAAAUAAUCAAGUAUCUAGUUGGAAAAUAUGGUGAUGGAAGUGUGCCCUUCAUGCUAUCACUUGGAUUGCUGACGACAUUAACUGCAGGCUUCGCUAUGAUUGGCCGCCUGGGAAGAGGUUCUUCCUACAUUCCAUCAAAAUUACCUCCAAAGCCACUCGAAAUAUGGGCAUAUGAGGGUUCCCCAUUCUGCAAGCUUGUGCGAGAAGCGCUAGUGGAGUUAGAGUUACCUCAUAUUCAACACUGUUGUGCGCGGGGUAGCCCAAAACGGCAGAUGUUCUAUGAGAAAGUUGGACAUUUUCAGGUACCUUACUUAGAAGACCCAAAUACUGGGGUGAAAAUGUUUGAAAGUGCAGAAAUUGUGGAAUACUUGAAAGCAACCUAUGUACUAUGAUAAGCAACAAUAUUUAGGGAUGCUUUCAUUUAUUCCGGAAUAUGAGCAUAUGUAUAACUCUUCCUUGAUAUUGAAAUAAAGCACUGCCAUUCUCUGCUGUAAUUCUUGAAGGUGUCGAGCAUGGAUAACAAUUAUAUAAGAGGUAUAAAUGGGGAGUUUCACC